AAAAUCCCUCCCCGUCUCUCCGUUCCCAAUUACUUUCACUUCCACAAUUACCACUCCUACUAAUCUGCGACCCCUCUCAGACUCUCUCUCUCUCCCUCUCUCUCUCUCUCCACUCUGUCUAAAGUAACAGGCAAAUAACAUUUCCCGGCGUCAAAUUUCCGUGAAGUCUUUGGUUCCUGAAACAGAACAAUAAUUCAUCGGGAAGUAGAGAAGAAGUACAUCACAGCCAUGGUCGACGUCGACCGAAGGAUGACAGGUCUAAACCCGGCCCACAUAGCCGGCCUCCGCCGUCUCUCCGCCCGCGCCGCCAACGCCGCCCCACUCCCACCACCCCUCUCCACCUCCACCUCCCUCCCCUCCCCCCUCUCCUUCGCCUCCCUCGCCGACAAGCUCAUUACCCACCUCAAAUCCUCCGGCAUUCACGUCGACAACGGCCUCUCCGACGCCGAAUUCGCCCUCGCCGAGGCCGAGUUCGGCUUCGCCUUCCCCCCGGACCUCAAGGCCGUCCUCUCCGCCGGCCUCCCCCUCGGCCCCGGCUUCCCCGACUGGCGCGCCGCCGCCAACUCCCCCUCCCGCCUCCACCUCCGCUCCCAGAUCACCCUCCCCCUCGCCUCCACCUCCUUCCACAUUUCCAAAAACACCCUCUGGUCCAAGUCCUGGGGCCCCCGCCCCUCCGACCCCGAAACCGCCCUCAGAACCGCCAGAGCCGCGAUCAGGCGGGCCCCGCUCCUGAUCCCCAUCUUCAACCGCUGCUACAUUCCCUCCAGCCCUUGUUUGGCAGGAAACCCUAUCUUUUACGUGGACGAGAGCCGCAUCUUCUGCUGCGGUCUCGAUCUGUCCGAUUUCUUCGACCAGAGGUCCGGGGGCUCCGACGACAGCAGCCCUCCGACCUCGUCAAAACAGGAAUCGAAGCUCCUGCGAUCCUCGUCGGAUUUUUUCUCCCGCAGGAGCCUCGAUUCCGUCACGGGCAGGACCCCGAGGUGGGUCGAGUUCUGGAGCGACGCCGCCGUGGACCGGCGCCGGAGGAACUCCAACUCGUCGUCGUGCUCCUCGUCGGAAUCUCCCGAACGUUACUUCGACAUACAUAGGUCGGAGCCGCCGAAGUGGGUGGAGGAGUACGUGGAGCAGAUCGGGUCGGUGUUGAGGGAAGGCGGGUGGGGCGAAUCGGACGUCGAUGAGAUCGUGCACGUGUCGGCGUCAGGGUUUUUCGACGGCGAGAUGGUGUUGUUGGAUAAUCAGGCUGUCCUGGAUGCCCUGUUAUUGAAAGCGGAUCGGUUUUCGGACGCGCUCCGGAAGGCCGGGUGGAGCUCCGAGGAGGUGUCGGAUGCGUUGGGCUUUGAUUUCAGACCGGAGAAGGAGAGGAGACCGGUUAAGAAGCUGUCGCCGGAGCUGGUGGAGAAGAUUGGGAAACUGGCGGAAUCGUUUCACCGGUCAUGAUUUUACUACUAUAAUCGAGAUUCUUUUUGGACUUCAUAUUUUUAUUUUUUAUUUUUAUUUUUUUGGGGCUUCUCUUUUAAGUUUUCGAGGCAUCGGGUUUGGGAGUAGGCAAAAUUGGGAAAGGGGAAAAGGAAAUCGAGAAAUGUGUCGUUGUACUACGAAAGGUAUAUAAAAAUGAUUAAAUUAAAGAGUUCAAAAUAAA